AUGUGGAGGAUCAUUGCAAUAGCAUGCCUGAUACAAGCAACUGCAACCUCAGAAGUAUUCACCAGGAGAAAAAGAGAUGUGAAUCCAGAAUGUCAUAUGAACGUUAGUCAGCUGAUUAGCUACUGCGGAUAUCCCAAUGAAAAGUAUGAAGUUUUGACAGCUGAUGGUUAUUAUCUGACAAUCAACAGAAUUCCUAGUGGGGCGGGAAAUCAUGUUGUCAAAGGUGGAAAGCCAGCUGUGCUUCUCAUUCAUGGGCUACUUGCAGAAGCUAGAAGCUGGAUUAUAAAUAUGCCCCGAAACAGCCUUGGCUUCGUAUUAGCGGAUGCUGGUUAUGACGUUUGGCUAGGAAACUGUAGAGGAACAACAUGGUCCAAGAAACACCAGACUUUGUUGGACAACCAAGACGAAUUUUGGGAUUUCAGUUUCCAUGAAAUAGCCAUGUAUGACCUUCCAGCAAUGAUAAACUUUAUCCUGAAGAAAACUGGACAGAAACAAUUGUAUUACGUUGGCCAUUCUCAAGGCACUACUGUUGGUUUCAUAGCAUUUUCAGUCAUGCCAGAGUUGUCUCAAAAAAUCAAAAUGUUUGUUGCCUUGGCUCCUGUGGUUUCCAUCAAGCACGUGUCAGUCCCUAUGUUGAAAUUAUUAUCUUCACUUCCUGAACAUACAGCAAAGGAUAUAUUUGGCAACAAAAGCUAUAGUUUGUUUAAUAAGUCUACAAGGAACUUUUUCAUCAAAUUAUGCAGCUCUGGAUUCAUGAACAAAUUAUGUGCUUCUACCGUAUACUUUGCAUUUGGAUUGAAUAUGAAAAAUCUAAAUGUGAGCCGAAUAGAUGUGCUUAUAUCCAUCUUUCCAGAUACAACAUCAAUUAAAACCCUUAUUCACUGGAAACAGACCAGAGAAUCAGGAUUCAGAUAUUUUGACUACAGGAGUGAGAAUCAGGUCAAAUAUAACCAGUCCUGUCCUCCUCCAUAUAAAAUAGAAGACAUGACUGUGCCGGUUGUAGCUUGGUCUGGUGCAAAAGACGUUUUUGCAAGUCCAGAAGAUACAAAGAACUUACUUCCUCGUAUUUCAAACCUAGUUUAUCAUCAUUGUGUGCCAGGUUGGGACCACUUCGAUUUUAUUGGGAAUCUAAAUGUUACUCGACUCAUAUACUACAAAAUAAUAGAAUUCAUGGGAAAGUCUCCAUAA